AAGAGACGUGAACGCGGAAGGAAGCCGCUGUGGACUUCACAUGCAUGAGAUGUGUUUGCUGGUGUAGCUCCUCUCUGAGGGAUUGAGUCUUUCUUCAGGCGGGGAAACAAACAGGAGGUAAAGGCAGAAAAUGAUGCGACCGUCGGGGAAGAGGAACUGAAGCGCUGAUGUCCAGGACGGACGUUUGAUGGUGGAUGGACUGGAAGAGCUGCUGCUGUCUGACAGCUGGGCUGAGCCUCCACUACCUGUCUGUGUGUCUUUCUGUCUGGUCUGAUAGAAAAAACAGCUGAAAACGGAGAUUAAAACUCGAAGAGGAGUGUUUUAUGCAGUGACUAAUAUCUACACCCGUGAAGUUGCUUCAAAAGCGCCAUUAACAGAAAAGAGAGCAAAGCGACCCACCGAGCCGUGGCCAUGGCUUCCUCUCGGCUCAAGUACCUCUCCCUGGGCGUGCUGGUGUUCCAGACCACCUCCCUGGUGCUCACCAUGCGCUACUCCCGCACCCUGCAGGCCGAGGGCCCCCGGUACCUGGCGUCCUCCGCCGUGGUGGUGGCCGAGGUUAUGAAGAUCUUUGCCUGUGUGCUGCUCGUCCUCAAGGAGCACAGUUAUAGCAUGCGAGCUCUGAACAGCAUCCUACGCCAGGAAAUCCUUCACAAACCCAUAGAAACACUGAAGCUGGCGAUCCCGUCGGGGAUCUACACGCUACAGAACAACCUGCUGUACGUCGCCUUGUCCAACCUGGAUGCAGCCACCUACCAGGUGACGUACCAGCUGAAGAUCCUGACCACAGCUCUGUUCUCGGUGUCCAUGCUGGGCCGAAGGCUGGGCAUCUACCAGUGGCUCUCUUUGCUGAUUCUAAUGACCGGAGUGGCUCUUGUGCAGUGGCCCUCUGAGUCUGCUGUGACCCCGGAGAAGGAGGCCCACUCAGCAGGCUCCCAGUUUGUCGGAGUAGCAGCGGUUCUGGUGGCUUGUUGCUCCAGUGGGUUUGCUGGCGUCUACUUUGAGAAGAUCCUGAAGGAGAGCAAACAGAGCGUCUGGGUCCGCAACAUCCAGCUGGGGCUGUUUGGUUUCGUGUUCGGCCUCUUUGGGAUGCUGGCCUACGACGGGGAGCGUGUGAGGGAGUCGGGAGUGUUUCAGGGAUACAACACAGUCACCUGGACUGUUGUAGCGCUGCAGGCGCUGGGGGGUCUGGUCAUAGCGGCGGUCAUCAAGUAUGCAGACAACAUCCUCAAGGGCUUCGCUACAUCACUGUCCAUCAUCCUGUCCACUCUUAUAUCCUACUUCUGGCUGCAGGACUUCGACCCCACUGGUGUGUUCUUCAUAGGAGCCAUUUUGGUCAUUGCGGCCACUUUCCUGUACGGUUACGAAGGCAAGCCGUCCCCCAACCCCAGCAGGGCGUAGGACAGUCGCAGCCGGCACCACGGCAGCAGUAGGAGGUCGUGCUGAAGACAUGGAGGGGAAAAGAGGACAGAGAACUGGAGAAAAAGAAGGUGAAAGGUCUUCACCAUAUAGAGAUCACAUAAAAAAAGUAGGAGCAGAGGAAUAGGAAGAGAGGAGCUAAGCAGACUGGGAACAGAGAACGGUUAAAAAACGAAAAGGCAAGCACAACGCUGUGAUGGAUCUCACCAAAAGUGCCUCAGCCGAGAAGGAAAAGCAAUGAGGAGAGAAAACAGGAUUGUAUGUUUUUCUUCUCUCCUAUUAUUACCGCUGUAGAGAUAAUCCUGGCUGCCAGACCUCCAGAGGUAUUCAUGACAGGACCGACUGAUUGUGUUCAUUAAGAAGUAGUUUGACUGCCAGUCACUGUUACUGCCACGUCAGUCACACAUACAACAGAGGAUUAAAGAGCCCAACACACGGUUGGAGUUUCUAAAUCCUCUUCAGAGCCACAUUUUUCAGAUGUAGUGUAACUUCAGUCCGAACUGUUGUCUUGUUCACCUCAGAGUUGCAGUAUUUAAUGCUCUGACAGUCUUUCUUGCCCCAAUUUGGCCACUUAAAGCACAUUUUAGGGCCCGAAAUGAGCUUUUCCAUCCAUUUUUGCUCUAAAGUUGCGUACAAAACAACAACCAGCUUUGGCAGUCAAAUAAUUCCGAUUUAAAAUGGUCUGUUUAGUGCUGCAGCUCAAUUCUGCCACAUAGGUGUGAUUUGUACACAGCUUUAGAGGCCUUUCUGCCUGGGAGGCACAAUUUGGGGCAAAAUAAGGUGAAGCUUUAGACUAUGGUAGUUGUAGUGACCAUAACUCGUAUCGUUCAAUAAAUUGCAGUCCUCAUGUUUCAGUUUGUUCAGCUGUUUUUGUUGCCGAGCAACGUAUAGUCCCUGUGGUGUCUCAGCAUCGGUUCACUGUUCGACUGCUGGAGUCAAACGUUUGACUGCAAUUUGGGUGCUUGAAUGAAAUAGAUGACACUUCAGAAAUACUGUUUGUCGCUGUAACAACUGGUGAUUAUUUAAAGGGGAUGAUUUUUUUUGUUAACUGAAAAGUUAGUUUGAUUCUGUGUAAGAUAAUUCUGUACAACCUGAAAUCAUGUUAGCUUUGGAUGUAAAUAAUAACACCAUUUAAAUUGUGAUCUAUAAAUCUAAAUGAACUGUCUGUUUAACUUAUUCAGUAAUUAGGCUUCAGCUUGCUUUACUUUCCAAAGCCACUGGUGAUGGUGGACGUCCCGCUCCUUGUGUCCUGUGCUUGUGUAGCAAUAUAUUCUGUUGAUUUCGUGGCAAAAGUAAUUUGAAUCUCCUGAAUGUGGCCCAACAAUGUCUGGAACUGACUGAAUUGUUGACACUGAUUACAUCAGACAUCUGUGAGGCUUUAUUUACUUAGGAAGCAACCUUGGACUGUAUGAUCUGACUGGUGUUUUUCUUCUGGAGCGACUUCUUUCCUGGGAUAAAGCGGGUAUAAUUAAGAACUUUUAUCAUUUUAAUUACCAACAUGUGAAUCUUUUAUAAAGAAAAAAUGUUUCCUUUACCUGA